AUGGAGGGGGCAGGGGCGGGAAGAGCAGACGGUGGGGAAGUAGGGAGGGGGAUCAGAGGAACGGAAGAGACAGAGGGGAGGAAGGCAGGCGGAGCGAGGAGGGUCGAAGACGUAGGAGCCACGGACGGCACAGGCAGGAAAGACGAAGGCGGCAGGAAAGUAUGCAGAGAAGCCGCAGGUGGAGCGAGAGAUGAGACAGGGAGAGGGAGAGAGGGCGGCACGGGGAGGGCGGGAAGCACAGGGGCAGGGGCCGUAGGGGGAACAGUGGUGGGGAGGGUGGCCGACGCAGGGGCAGGGGCCGCGGAAGGGGCGGACGAAGGCACAGCGAGAGAGACGGGAGAAGAAGCAGCAGGAAUCCCCGAGAGAGGGGGAGGCACAGAGGUAGGGGCGGGGGGGAUGGAGGCCGAAGACACAGUGAGAGAGACGGAAGAAGAAACAGGAAUCCCCGAGAGAUGGGGAGGCACAGAGGUAGGGGCGGGGGGGAUGGAGGCCGAAGACACAGUGAGAGAGACGGAAGGAGAGGAAGGCAAGGAAAUCACAGGCGGAGCUGAAGAAGGUAUCGGGGUAGCGACCGAAGCCGGAGUGGGGGGGUGGAAGGCCGCAGGGAGAGAGACGGAGUACGGGACGGAAGGGGGAGCCUGGGUGGAAGAAAGGGGUGGGGCAGACGCAGAGACCAGUGGGUCAAAGUCGAGCAGAGCGCCCUCCCAUUUAGGAAAGUCAACUUCAGGGUCAUCGGAUUUGGCAGACGCCAUCGUAGGUCUAAAAAAAAUAGAAGUAGAACGCCAAACAGAAACGGGGAAGAGGAAACGUGGGGCUGAAAAGGUCGAAACAGAAUAG